CAAAAAAAAUCCUAGGCAGUGUCGUCGCAUCGCAUCACAUCGCCAGGAUAGAACAACGCGAAAAGUAAUAACGACAAGUCUUCGGGAUUUCUGUUACUCAGGAAGCUCGACGAAGGGGAGAUGAAACAUGAGGUGGUCAAGAAAAUAAUUGUGCCUUCUUCGCAAAACUCUUGGAAGCCUGUGGGCCGAUCAAGGUUGCCUUCAAUACACCCUCUGAUACCUCGGGGCCAUUCCCAAAAGCCAAAACCGCCGGCGAGAGCAAAACGAUUUGACGAAAAGCCUGCUACCACCUUGGUUCGAAGGACACCAAGCGCUGAUCGGAAGCGAAACACCGCUUUUACUCCCCUCCAUCCCCCCCAGUCCAAGUGUCGUCUGGCGCGACCCGCCCCCUUUCCUCUGUCAAUUGGCACUCACGGGAACUUAACAUCUGCUUUCUCCCUCAGGAUGUUGAACUACGUCCAGGUUGUGACGACGCCUACUGCCGAUACCCCUGGCACCACCUUACUGCUUCAUUUCGAUAAUCAACGUUAUCUCUUUGGCCACGCCGCCGAGGGCACCCAGCGCGCCUUCGUCCAACGUAAAGUCUCCCUCAUGAAGCUUGAUAACAUCUUCCUGUCCGGUCCAGUCAAAUGGCAUAGUGCUGGUGGACUGCUGGGUCUGAUUCUCACUAUUGCCGAUGUUGUCGCCGCGUCUAAGGAGCAGGCCGAGCUCAACAAUGCCACAAAGCAGAAAAAGAUGCCUCCCCCCCCCGCUAUUCCGCCACGCUUGAAGAUCCAUGCUGGCGAGAAUCUCUCGCAUCUUCUCGCUACGUCACGCCGCUUCGUCUUCCGCAGGGGGCUUCCCCUAGAACCCCACGAAAUCCGCUCUGAUCCUCGCCGCAUCCAAGAAGCCGCAACCUCUUCUGAGCCGGACUGGAAAGACGGAAAUAUCAAUGUUUGGUAUAUGCCUAUCGAGUCAGAUAAGAAAGGCUCGCCCAUAUCUAGCCCACGUAAACGAAGCCAUGACGAAUUCAACGAGCGUGAUACAACGGCGGCUUCUACACUGCGAAAUGGUAGCGACAAUAAGGUCGCUAGAGCGAUAGUUGAGCAGAUGUUCAAUUCAAAUUGGACACCUGACGCACUUACUGAGACGACAUUGCACCAGGCUAUACUACCAGCCAAGCUCUUUGUGCGUAACGAAAGAGGACAUCUGCAGGCCUAUACGGGCCCCCUGCCUGACAGCGGUGUAGACGUCCCUGAUAUACCCGUUCUGGUCCGCCAGCCAUGGCCCGGUGCCACUGUCUCAGGGUUACCUCGGACAGAACCCUCCAGCCAGUCCAUGUGCUAUAUUGUAAAAGGGCAUGAUAGGCGAGGCAAGUUCAAACCUGAAGAAGCGGAACGAUUAGGUGUUGACAAAAGGGACUACCGGCGCCUCACAAACCGAGAGAGCGUUAAGGGGAAGGAUGGAAAUCUGGUGACUCCUGAAAUGGUGCUUGGCGAUACCGUUACUGGCAGUGGCUUUGCUGUUGUCGAUAUACCAGAUAUCUCUUAUAUUGAUGCUCUGGUUGACCGCCCAGAAUGGACCGAUAACCAAAUAAUGAAAGGCAUAUGCGUCAUCUUCUGGAUUCUAGGACGUGAUGUUGUUGGUGACACACGGUUGCAGGCUUUCAUGGAGAAAAUGUCCUCAAUCAGGCACAUAGUGACCUCUGCUGAUACAUGCCCCAACAUGAUCGCCCUGGAAUCUGCUGCUACCCAAGCAUACAAGUUGCGUUGUGUCGAUUCUGACCGUUUUCCCUUGCCCUCUCACAACAACGAGUUGUCGCUGGCGGGGACCGUUCCCACCCAUACAUUAUCUAACGAAACUGGCCGUGUUGGCAAAACUAUACAGUUCGCCCCACACUAUGAACACCAAGAUGAUAAGGUAUUGCCAUUCCCGGAUAUUGAUAAGCUCGCUCGACCGUCUUUAGACGAGGAUGUCUUGAAGAUGGCUGCUCAAGCCAAGAGCAAGAUAUCUAACGCGGAAUUUAUAACGAAAGUUGAGAAGGCGGAAUCAGACAUUCCCAAUAGAGAUGCCGAAAUCAUCUCACUUGGUACUGGCUCUGCGCUGCCUUCGAAAUAUCGCAACGUGUCUGCUACGUUAGUCCGUGUGCCGGGUUACGGCAACUACCUUUUCGACGCGGGCGAGAAUACCCUGGGGCAACUAGGUCGUGUCUUUGGCGAUGAACUACCCUCUGUGCUUAGAGAGCUCAAAGUCAUAUGGAUCAGCCAUCUCCACGCGGAUCAUCAUUUGGGUACUACUUCUGUCAUCAAAGCUUGGCAUGAAGAAACAUUAAAGUCCGAUCCAUCCAAAAAGCUUGCAGUCGCCUCUCACUUCCACAUGAUAGAUUGGCUACGUGAGUACGCCGACGUUGAAAAUUUCGGGUUUGACCGCCUAGUUAAUAUUGGAUUCAUGCGCACCAUCUCUGGUUCGCGUAUCCCCGAACCACAUGUGUUCGGUAACGAGGAAGUGGAGCAAUUCGGCCUGGAGAAGAUCCAGUCUUGCUUGGUCUCCCAUUGUUAUGGGGCACUCGCAACAGCUUUUACCUUUCCUUCGGGGUUGAAAAUUGCAUACUCAGGCGACUGCAGGCCAAGCGAUGCCUUUGUACAGAUUGGCAAAGGGGCAACGCUCCUGAUACACGAGAGCACGUUUGAUGACGAAUUAAAAGGCGACGCAAUCGCCAAGAAGCACUCAACCAUGUCAGAAGCCAUCGGCGUCGGUCGGAAAAUGGGCGCUAGGAGGAUCCUCCUGACGCACUUCUCUCAGAGAUAUCAAAAAAUCCCCAUCAUGGAAGAGGAUUUUGAAAUACGCCCUGAUAGUAAAGCAGAUGAGGUAAUCCUUCUCGGGUUUGACUACAUGCGCGUCAAGCUCGGGGAGUUUAGGAUGGCACAAGCAUUCCUGCCUGCGAUUCAGAAGUUGUUCGAAGACUCUACUGAAUAGAUAUCAGUAACAUUUUUAUGACGAUCGCGAAUGAAUAGAUCGAUACCCUCGCCUCUCGCCUCCUAUACAAGAAUUACAGCUGUUGGGUUUCGUUGGAUAACGUUUCCCGACCUGGCUGAUCCAUCGAAUGCAUCAUGUAUAUAAGCCACAGGCGAAUUUGUUAAUUAUGAACGCUAUAAAUGUAGAUAUCUAAUACUGGACAUCCUAGAUACGAUGUACCAUAGAGAGGCAAACUAGAGGGCAUUAUAGCUUCAAGCGGCUAUGUAGCUGCUAAGGUCUCGUCAUUCAAACAAAGUAGAAGAAGAUACAUUGUAUAACAAGAACAAUUGCAUCAGUCCUAGUCUUCUCAGACAUUUCAA